AUGUCGGACGAAAGCCCCGAGCUUCAAUCCGCAUUGCGGACCCUGGACCGAGAACUAGAGGAGGGUGAUAUCACCGAGAAAGGAUAUCAAAAGCGACGUACCCUCCUACUUUCCCAGUUCCUUGGCCCAAAUAAACCGCUUGACCUCAAUGCCCACGCGCCCUCAGGCCACGAAGACUCCUUGAGCGGCUCCCAUAAUGGCCCUCCCGCGAUUCUAAAUGUUCGGCCACCCACUGCCGAUUCAUCACAUCCUACCAUUUCGUCCCCCACGUAUGCCACUGCGUACGAAGGUAGUGGAGGGUAUGGGUACGACCACACGAACACGAAGAACCCCUCCCCGGCACCCACCGGAGGGUCCCACGACAGAGAUAGCACCGGCAUGCUGCAGACAUUCGACCGAGCGCCAUCUGCAGCGUCAUAUGAUUCGCUUUUCCUCCCCAGGCCUGGACCCGGGGGAUCUCAAGGCCCGGAUGGCUCUCGGACGGCCACCUUAAUGAGCCAGAACUACGCCUUCAACCCUGAAACACAACCCGAUUAUGCGCAGCCUGAUUAUGCGCAGCCUGAGUAUGCUCAAGAAGAGUACCCCCAACAAGAAUACUCCCAGCCUGAGUACGCCCAACCCGAGUAUUCCCAGGCGGAGUAUGGCCAACCUGAAUACGCGCAUGAUGACAUGGGAGCCUACGACCCUGCAUCGGGAGGUGUCACGCGGCAGUCAACAAUGCUUGACUCGCAGCAAGGAUACUUCUCAGAUUUUGCCGGUCAGCAGCAUGAUGAUUAUAGAGAUAGCUAUGGUGGUGGAGGAUUUCACCGUUACUCUCAAUCCGGCGAAGCAUUCUCUCCGACGGCAAACAUGGCGCCGCCUUUCAUCCCGCCAUCAGAGCUGACCCAGCACGGCCCUGCCAUUCAACAUUUACUUCCUCUCGAGCCCCGAGACAUCCCGUUUGCCGUGAACGAUCCGCAUGAAAAAAAUACCCCCAUGUCCUCUUUCGACAACCUUCCGGCUGUUCUCCGACAUCGCGCACGAGCCCAUCCGAAGCAACCAGCAUACUGGGUAUUGGAUCAGAAAGGCAAGGAAAUUGCAUCUAUCACGUGGGACAAGCUGGCUAGCCGUGCGGAGAAGGUCGCCCAGGUUAUUCGCGACAAGAGCAAUCUGUAUCGUGGAGAUCGUGUUGCCUUGAUCUAUCGCGAGACCGAAAUUAUCGAAUUCGCCGUUGCUCUUUUGGGCUGUUUCGUCGCCGGAGUGGUUGCCGUGCCUAUCAAUAGCCUUGAUGACUAUCAAAGUCUGAACCUAGUACUCACCUCAACCCAAGCCCAUCUUGCCUUGACAACGGAAAACAACUUGAAAGGGUUCCAGCGUGACAUCACUGCACAAAAGCUCAACUGGCCUCGUGGCGUCGAAUGGUGGAAGACAAAUGAGUUUGGAAGCUUUCAUCCCAAAAAGAAAGAUGAUUCCCCUCCGCUCGUUGUUCCCGACUUGGCUUAUAUCGAGUUUGCUCGAGCGCCGACAGGAGAUAUGCGUGGCGUGGUGAUGAGCCACCGUACAAUCAUGCACCAGAUGGCGUGUCUCAGCGCAAUCGUCUCGACUGUACCUACCGACUCGAGCUCUAAGCAGUUCGCCAAGGGAGAGACUAUCAUCAGCUACUUAGACCCGCGACAAGGCAUCGGUAUGAUUCUGGGGGUUCUCCUGACUGUAUAUGGAGGCCACACAACUGUAUAUCAUGAAGAUCGAGCGGUGGAGACUCCUGGUCUGUACGCCCAUUUGAUCACCAAGUACCGUGCGACAAUCAUGGCAGCCGAUUAUUCUGGACUGAAGAUUGCUGCGUACAACUACCAACAAGACCCUAUGUCGACGAGGCACUAUAAGAAGAAUUCCGAGCCCAACUUCAGCAGCGUGAAACUCUGUCUGAUCGACACCCUCACGCUUGAUUCAGAGUUUCACGAGAUUCUGACCGACAGAUGGCUGCGUCCAAUGAGAAACCCACGAGCCAGAGAGAUCGUUUCACCAAUGCUAUGUUUGCCAGAGCACGGUGGAAUGGUCAUCAGCAUGCGCGAUUGGUUGGGUGGCGAGGAACGAAUGGGAUGUGCACUCACACAUGAGAUGGAUCCGGCAGAACGCGAUUCCAAGAAAGAUGAUGCCAAGCUCGAGAAAUCUGAGACCAACACUGGAUUUGGUAGCAGUCUUCUGGGCGGCGGAUCUCGCGUAUCGGCACCCAAAGAGACCGGAAAGAAUGACUUGGCUGAGGUGCUUCUUGACAAAGAAGCACUAAAGAGUAACGAGGUUGUUGUUUUGGCGAUGGGUGAAGAUGCUCGAAAGUAUGCUAGCACUAUGCCGCAUGCAGUCCGGGUUGGUGCCUUCGGUUACCCGAUCCCCGAUGCCACACUUUCCAUCGUUGACCCUGAAACCAAUCUUCUCUGCACUCCCAAUGUUAUUGGUGAAAUUUGGGUUGAUUCACCUUCUCUCUCCGGAGGUUUCUGGGCCCUACCGAAACACACCGAGGCAAUUUUCCAUGCCCGUCCAUACAAAUUCGAAGAUACAAACCCGACCCCUAUCCUUGUGGAGCCCGAAUUUCUUCGAACAGGUCUACUGGGCUGCGUGAUCGAAGGUAGGGUAUUUGUCCUUGGUUUGUAUGAAGAUCGACUGCGCCAAAAGGUGGAAUGGGUCGAGCACGGCCAAGACGCCGUCGAGCAUCGAUACUUUUUCGUUCAGCACUUGGUGGUCAGCUUGCUCAAGAAGAUCCCGAAGAUCCAUGAUUGCACCGCAUUCGAUGUUUUUGUGAACGAUGAACAUCUACCGGUCAUCGUGUUGGAGUCAUAUGCAGCGUCAACAGCACCUACAACAUCCGGUGGUCCACCCCGCCAACUAGACCAGGUCUUGCUAGACUCGCUCGCAGAGAGAUGCAUGGAGCUUCUUUACCAAGAGCAUCAUCUUCGUGUCUACUGUGUCCUACUCACGGCUCCAAACACACUUCCUCGAGUGACCAAGAAUGGUAGAAGAGAAAUCGGCAACAUGCUUUGCCGCAAAGAGUUUGAGGCAGGCAUGCUACAAGCUGUGCAUGUCAAGUUCGGAGUUGAGCGGUCUGUUCAGAAUCUGCCAGUGGGAGUUGAUCUCGAGGGUGGUAUCUGGUCUCCUCUUGCUUUGGCUUCAAGACAGGAGCUGCUUGCAUACUCAGAGAAGCAAUAUUCGGGUGUGGACUAUCGCGAUGUUGUAAUGGAUGACCGAACAUCUACGCCACUGAACAAAUUCAACACGAUUGUCGAUCUCCUUCAAUGGCGCGUGUCACGCCAGGCCGAAGAACUGGCUUAUUGCUCUAUUGACGGCCGCGGAAAGGAGGGCAAGGGUAUUACUUGGAAGAAAUUCGAUUUGAAAGUCUCUGCGGUGGCAACUUACCUGAAGAACAAGGUCAAGGUUCGACCGGGUGAUCACCUCAUUCUGAUGUACACCCAUUCCGAAGACUACAUCUAUGCUGUCCAUGCUUGCUUCUGCUUGGGAGUUGUGGUCAUUCCAAUGGCUCCAAUUGACCAAAACCGUCUAGCCGAGGAUGCCCCGGCAUUCUUACAUGUCAUCAACGAUCUAGGUGUGAAGGCCAUUAUUGUGAACUCCGAGGUGGAUCACGUCAUGAGGCAGAAACUCGUAUCCCAGCACAUCAAGCAAUCGGCCCAAGUUCUGCGAAUUGGUGUGCCCGCUAUCUACAACACUUCCAAACCUUCCAAACAGUCUCACGGCUGUAAAGAGCUUGGCUACACCGUGAAGGAUGCCUGGCUACAAGGCAACCCAACUGCCAUGGUUUGGACCUAUUGGACCCCAGAUCAGCGACGCAUCUCUGUUCAAAUUGGGCAUGAUACCAUCAUGGGCAUGGCUAAAGUACAGAAAGAGACAUGUCAAAUGACCAGUAUGCGCCCGGUGCUCGGUAGUGUACGCAGCACUUUGGGUCUUGGUUUCCUUCAUACAUGCCUGAUGGGUAUUUAUGUUGGAGCUCCCACCUAUUUGGUCUCCCCUGUCGACUUUGCUCAGAACCCAAUGACGCUCUUCGUGACGCUCGCCAGGUAUAAGAUCAAGGACACUUACGCCACAAGUCAAAUGCUGGACUACGCCAUGAGUACUAUCUCCGGCAAGGGCUUCCAGCUUCAAGAACUCAAAAACUUGAUGAUUUCUGCAGAGAGUCGACCUAGAGUGGACAUCUACCAGAAGACCCGCUUGCACUUCGCCUCAGCCGGCUUGGAUCGUACCGCGAUUAAUGUUGUGUACUCUCACGUUCUCAACCCGAUGAUUGUAACACGCUCGUAUAUGUGCAUUGAGCCUAUCGAGCUCUACUUGGACAUCAGAAGCCUUCGUCGCGGUCUUAUUUACCCCGUGGAUCCCGAUGCCGAUCCUACUGCGCUUCUACUCCAGGACUCCGGCAUGGUGCCUGUGAAUACCCAAAUCGCAAUCGUGAACCCGGAAACUUGCACUCUGGCUCAUGUGGGUGAAUAUGGUGAGAUCUGGGUCCAAUCAGAUGCUUGCGCCGCUGGAUUCUACAAGUCGAAGCAAGAGUUUGAUUAUGAGAGGAUGAAUGGCCGCGUUGCGGAUGGAGAUCCCAAUGUGCCGUACGUUCGCACCGGUGAUCUGGGUUUCCUCCACACCGUGACUCGACCUAUUGGUCACGGCGGACAGCCCGUGGAGAUGCAGGUUCUCUUCGUAUUGGGAAGCAUCGGCGAGACCUUUGAGGUCAAUGGCUUGAACCACUUCCCCAUGGAUAUUGAAACCUCAGUGGAAAGCUGCCACCGCAACAUCAUGAAUGGAGGAUGUGCUAUCUUCCAAGCUGGUGGGUUGAUUGUGGUCGUGGUCGAGGUCACUCGUAAGGCCUUCCUGGCCUCCCUUGUUCCUGUCAUCGUCGAUACCAUCUUGGGCGAGCACCAGGUGGUGGCGGAUAUUGUUGCUUUCGUCUCUCACGGGGACUUUCCUCGCUCGCGUCUCGGCGAGAAGCAACGCGGAAAGGUUCUGGCAUCCUGGGUGACCCGCAAGCUACGGACACUCGCUCAGUUCAGCAUUCGCGACAUGGAUGGGGACCACCCCUUCGCGGAUGUGGUCCAGCACCGUGCUAGCAGAAGCUCUAAGCCUGGCAGUACUAUGGGUAACAGCAUGCGCAUGUCGACUAUGCACGAGGAUGAUACCCCUCCUUUGCCACAUUCGCCAGUUGGAAUGGCUCUGGAGGACAGAAAUGAAACAUCUCAAGGACCACCAUACCAGGAAAUGCCGCGCCGGGGCACUCUCCCUGAGCUUGACACCAGAACUGACCAUAGCGUCCCCGCCACGCCAGUUUCUGCAGCCCAUUCUGCGCUACCUUAUAUUCAGGAGCCUCAAUCUGCUACAAUUAUGAGUGCAGACGAUGAUCACUUCAAUUCGAUGGGAUACGAACACCAACAAGGCACUACCACAGACACGGAUCGUAACUUCCGAUUCAGCUUCGAAAUGCCUAGCACCCCGAUGGAUCAAUUACCUCAAGGAUCGGCACAGCCCACCCGCCAGCAUUUGCCGAGGGGUGACUCGCUUCCUCAUCACCAAGCCGGCAUCGCAGACCCCACAUACGCUGAGAAGCCCCGGCCAGGUACCCAGGAAAGCGGCGUGAUCGAUGAUUGGCCCGCCGAGGCCCUGAUGUACCAGUCGGCCUUGGGCGAUGACGGUCAAGCUGCAGCGCACAGGCGCUAG